AUGAAUCCUUCAGAUUCAGGCAAAGAGCCUGCACAGAAGCAGGCGUCCUUGCCAACCCCUGGGCCUCCGGUGAGCCCUGAGCAGAGAUUGGCGUACACGCACCAAGUCCUGCAGAGCGUUCGGCCGCCCCAGCAGCCCCCUCCCGGCUUCGACCCCCUCCACGCCACCCCGGCUGAGUUGCAGUCCUACGGCCUGCCCCCGCGGCCGGACAAGAACAAGGCCCCACAGGCGGCAGCCCGGUGGGAGCAGCUCAUGAUCAAGACCAGAGACGCCAGCAUGGUUGUGCCAACCUUCAAGAUCCGCCCCCGGGACCGGAACCCGCUGGCAGUGAAGAUCCGCCCCCAGGAGGCCAUCACCGGCAGCGAGGACGUCGUCGUCUACGACUCGAGCAAUUGGGCGGGCGCCAUCAUCUUCAAGAGCGACGUCAGCACCGACAAUGACAGCGACUACUUCAACGCGGUGUUGGCGGACUGGGUUGUGCCAGACCCAAAGCCCGGCGAGGACAAUGUGGAUUACUGGUGCAGCGACGCGUGGGUAGGCAUCGAUGGGUGGACCAGCGUUGACGUGCUCCAGGGCGGCACCACGCAGGACGUGUUCUACGACGAGGCCGGGAAGCUCGCCAAGGACAUCUACGCCUGGUACGAGUGGUACCCGGCGUAUGCGAUCGAGAUUACCAAUGUCCCCGUUCAAGCCGGCGACUAUGUCUACUGCGAGGUGUGGGCGACGGAUCGUACCACGGGAAACUUCUAUAUCUACAACGAGACGACAGGCCAGUACACGACCGUCACGUUCUCGGCGCCCAACGGGUACUCGCUCCAAGGGGACAGCGCGGAGUGGAUCGUAGAGGACCGCAUCGGCAACAGCCUGGCGGACUUCGGAUCCAUCACAUUCUGGUACUGCUGGGCCGAGAUCGGCACUGACUGGAAGGACCUCGCGGACGCCGACCUGAUCUACUUGGAGGAAUCGGGUGGGGAUGAAGCCACCGCACAGAUUAAGGACGAAAACACCCUGGUGGUGACGUACGACGGUUAA